AGUAAUUAUCAGAGCAAUAUGUUUGAGAGUAUUAAGGAGACAAAGUGUAUAAAGAAGGAAAUGCUGAUUCCAAGUGGAGGAUCAAAAGCUCAAAAGGGGUUAUUUAACUGAUUCAUACCUGAUAUGAAAUAAUGAAGCUAAGGAACAACUAGAUGACUCCUCAAUCUCUAGCGAUACUGAUUGUCUCUUAAUGGAGCACAGAGGAUUUAGUGGAUGUGGAGAGAGCAAAAAUAUCUAUUUGGUAGAAAAUACUACCAAAAGACUCAAUUGGACAUAUGUCAACAUUGUCCCUGACCCUGAGACUGUUAAACAGAUGGUGAGGGAGAAACUAAGGAUAACAGAGAAUUUCAUCCUAUAUGAUAAAAACGGCUGUGAGAUCUUCAAUGAUGAUUUCAACCUUCUUCGGAAUAAAGAGUGUAUCUAUGUCUGACCCGCUUCAAAGGAUUUCGACUACCUCGCCUUGCUUGAGAUGUAUACCAAGAUAUGUAAGCUUGGCUCUGGAGGUUUUGGGAAUGUGUAUAAACUCAAACAUAAGCUUAAUAACGAGAUUGUGGCCUGUAAACUCGUCAGAGUCUCUGAACACCUACAUAAAGCAGAUAGGAUCCAACAAAUUUUAAAAGAAGCUCAAUAUUUAAUGACAUUGGAUCAUGAGAAUAUUCUGAAACUUGAGACUGCUUUCCUGGUCAAUCAAGAAAUCGCAAUUAUCACUGAGUAUAUCCCUGGAGGAGAACUAGGAGACUUUAUUGAGAAGCAGCCUGCUCCGUUAACAGAAAUGCAGGCCUGUGCAAUCAUGGUCGAACUUGUUUCAGCAAUAGUGUAUGUGCAUUACAAAAAGAUAUUACAUCGCGACCUCAAACUUGAAAAUAUUUUACUGAAGGAUGAGAAGACUUGUUCUGUUAAAAUCAUUGAUUUUGGGCUGGCUUCUUUAGGCUCGAAUAAUUCUGUAGGGCAAUCUGGCACUUUGCUUUACUCACCUCCUGAGCUGCUGAAUGGAGAGAGUAAGAAAUCAAGCAGUAAAACUGAUGUCUGGUCGCUUGGAGUUAUUUUGUAUAUUAUGAUAACGAAGAAAUUUCCAUUUGAAGGACCAACAGAGGAAAAAAUUAUGCAAAGUAUUUGUAAGAGCAAGCUAAAAUUUCCAAAAGAGUGUGUAAUUUCGAGUGAGCUGAAGGAUCUCAUCCAGAACAUGCUGGAAAAGAAUCCAAAUACGAGGUUUAAUAUAAACCAGGUGAAUCUCCAUCCGUGGUUAGAAAUGAAUAAAGAUAAAAUACACAGAAAAUAGCAUAUUUAAGCCGAAGAAUGACUUCUUAAGCCCAAGUAUGCUAAAACCAACAGCAGAUCUAAGGUCUGGCAACAGCAAGAACUUGAGUCAUCUUGCAUCUCCAGAUGAUAAAUUUAAUAGACCUUCUAGACCUUCUCGAAGUCGUUUAGGUAAAGACUCGAAGAAAAAUUUGGCUCAGAACGAGGCAAAUUUUCUUCUUUCUCCACUCAAUAAGAUGCCAAACGCUGUGACUCCAAAGAAAGACGAUGGCACCUUGAAAAAGAACUUGAACAGCAAAAUUCGGAUGUCUAAUUAGCAAGCAUCGGAACAAUAGAAUGGAGAUCAUGCUCAGUAGUUUGAAUUCAAUUAAGCACUUAGAGACCAAGCAAAAGAAAAAAUAAAACUAAAAGAGCAAACAUUCCUCAUAAGAGAAAACAGAAUCAUUUCCCUGAGACCCGGGGAGUGAAGUCUAAAGGCCUUAGCAAGGGUCCUCUGACCAAUCACAAGAUUGUCAAACUUCUUGAAGCAGAGAAGAUUCCGACUACGGCUUACUAUCAAGCUUGGCUACGCCAGCAUAUCCAAAAGCACCAGAACUCCAUGGUUGGAUUAAAAGGGCUGUUUGUAGAGAUGAAAAAGAAAUUUGAAGGGUCUAAGGAAAGUUCUGUCAUGUUCUCACCUAAUCCAGGAAUCAGCACUAAGGCCACCGAGAUAUUAGGCACUACAGUAGGGUACAAGUUUGGAGUUGGAAGAAACCCCAAGGUUUUCUACACUGAUAAAAAGAGCAGAGCCGGAGUUAGCAGUAAGGAAAUAGGAGAGAUUCACGAUACUCUCCAGACAGAACACAAGUUAUCUCCUAAGAUGGUCUCUCCCAUAACUACGGGAAACGAUUAUAGGAGAGGUAGUAUGUUUACAAAUCUUGAAAAUAGUAAUAUUUUGAGUCAAAACCGAUCCUCAGAUAAAAGUCCAGCUGAAAGCACAACAAACUACACUAGAUAUGAAGGAGGAGCCAAUGAAAAUCGAAUGGAAGACAUCUUAUUCAAAAAGCUCAAGUUUGGAACGACUAAUAACCUACAACUACUGAAAAAGAACUUUUUAUCCUCAAAGACUAUUGAACAAGUAUUGCUUCGGAAUGAACGAAAGAACCCCAACCCUCAGGGAAACUACAGAAGGAGGAUUUUGAGUAAUACAAGCGGGAAGGGAAGUGACAAUUUGGAUUUUAGUAACAAAAGCAUCCAUAAUUAUCGGAGUCCUCCCAAUAGCAAGUACAUUCAUAAUGGCACUACUAGAGAAGACAAGAUGUUCAGCUUUAGUGGCCCUGAGAAGAAAACAUGGGGAAACCAUUUCCAUUCUCGGAGAGACUAUAAAACAACGAAGACAGGCCAUAGGAAGGUUGCCAAAAUUGCUAACCUGAAGAUGAUGGUUAAGGCUAAUACUAAGUAUGUAGAUGAGGAAUAUCUGAAUGACAUCAGCAAGAGGAUUAACAUUUAG